GGCAGGACUGGCUCUGGGUUUUGCUAGGGGCUGACCGCGCCGAAGGGCCUGCCCCGCGAGGGGCAGGCCGAGUUUCCAUUGGAAAUCAUGAAAUCACCCCCGCUGGUGCUUAGAUGUUUCCAGAGCUCUGCGAGGACAAGGAAGGCGGCACCAUGAUGAAACGGGCGGCUGCCGCUGCAGUGGGAGGAGUCGUGGCCGUGGGGGCCGUGCCCGUGGUGCUGGGCGCCAUGGGCUUCACCGGGGCGGGAAUCGCCGCCUCGUCCCUAGCGGCCAAGAUGAUGUCCGCCGCUGCGGUCGCCAACGGGGGUGGAAUCGCCGCGGGCAGCCUGGUGGCGACGCUUCAGUCGGUGGGGGCAGCUGGACUCUCCACAUCAUCCAACAUCCUCCUGGCCUCCAUUGGGUCAGCUUUUGGAGCCUUGCUGGGAGGCUCAAAAAAGGAACCUUCUUCCUCUUCCCCAGCAGAACCCGGGUCUGAAGGGGAACAGCCAGGAGAAACUGAAUCCCAAGUUCAACCUCCAAACCCCCCGCUCAGUUCAGAGAAACAGGAGAAAUAAAAAUCGCGUGUGGAUGCAC